CUGUCCACAUCUGUCCCUCAGUCCCGGUCUGAGCAGGGAGAGGACGCGGCUGGCGGAGGCCCCGGCCCGGCUCCCGGCAGGACAGCGCCCCCCAGGGCAGCACUGGACUGGACCCCCCAGGGCAGCGCUGGCCCGGCAGGCCCCCUCCCCCCCAGGGCAGCAUGCAGGGCCGGAUCAGGGCCAAGCUGUCCGCUUUCUUCUUCGAGUACGACACCCCCCGCAUGGUGCUGGUGCGGAACAAGAAAGUGGGCGUCAUCUUCCGCCUCAUCCAGCUGGUGGUCCUCAGCUACGUGAUAGGGUGGGUCUUUCUCUUUGAGAAGGGCUAUCAGACAACCGACAGGCUCAUCAGCUCGGUGUCAGUGAAGCUCAAGGGCCUGGCCGUGACCAACAUCUCUGGCCUGGGCUUACAGGUCUGGGACGUGGCUGAUUACGUGUUUCCAGCCCAGGGCGCCAGCUCCUUCGUGGUGAUCACCAACCUCAUUGUGACUCCCGGUCAGGUGCAGGGGAGCUGCGCUGACAAUCCAGACGGAGGGCUUUGUCAGGAUGACAGGGGCUGCCCGGCAGGGAAACCCAAACGCAAGGGCCACGGCAUCCGGACCGGCAAGUGCGUGCGCUUUAACAGCUCCGUCAAGACCUGCGAAGUCCUGGGCUGGUGCCCCGUGGAGGUGGACGAUCACGUCCCUGAGCCAGCCCUCCUGAGGGAGGCCGAGAGCUUCACCCUCUUCAUCAAGAACAGCAUCAGCUUUCCCAGGUUCAAAGUCAACAGGCGGAACCUGGUGGAAGCUAUAAACAAGCAAUACCUGAAGAGCUGCGUGUACCACAAGAGCCAGGACCCCCUGUGCCCCAUCUUCGAGCUGGGCUCCAUCGUGAGGUACUCCGGCCAGAACUUCAGCACCUUGGCUGUGAAGGCUCUGGGCUCCCAAGGUCUGUCCCCCCAGGGAGGGGUGGUCGGUAUCACCAUCGACUGGAACUGUGACCUGGACUGGGCCGUGCGGCACUGCCGGCCCGUCUACGAGUUCCACGGCCUGCACAACGAAGAGAACAACCUCUCCCCGGGCUUCAACUUCAGGUUUGCCCGCUACUACUCGGAGAAUGGCACCCAGCGCCGGCACCUGUUCAAAGUGUUCGGGAUCCGCUUUGACAUCCUGGUGAACGGCCAGGCCGGCAAAUUCGACAUCAUCCCCACGAUGACCACCAUCGGCUCCGGCAUCGGGAUCUUCGGGGUGGCCACCGUGCUCUGUGACCUGCUGCUCCUCCACAUCCUGCCCAAGCGCCACUACUACCAGCAGAAGAAAUUCAAGUACGCGGAGGCCGACACCGGCCAGGGGCAGACAAGGAACAACGAAGACGCCUCUAGCUCCACCAUGGUCUUCCAGGAGAACCUGAAGUCGCCUUGAAGUGUGGAAGGGGAUGCCCAUGCCAGCUGGGCCACGGGCAUCUCGUGCAUGUGCCCUCCUGCUGUGAGCACUCGCCGGGACCCCUCACACAGCCCAGGACCCACACAGCUCCCGGGGCCCACCCCUGGGUGCGCCCCCCACGAGGAGCACCCGCAUGCUCACCCACAGUCAGGCUGCACAGAGAUGCCUGGAUGUCCCCAGCCCCAGCCUUGGAGCGCACCCCAUCUGGACCCCAUGUCCCCCUGGAGCUGUCCCCCAAGGCUGCUCUGCCCUAAAGUUCCACGGAUCUGCACCCCCCACACCUGGGCUGAGACUCCCAAAAUCUGAGCUCAGGGGAGACACCCCCCCCUCCCGGGGAGACCCCCCUCCCGGAGAGACUCCCCUGCCCACGCAGAGGCUUGGGCAUCUGGAUGGACAGGCCCGGAUAGAGCUGCAGCCUGGCUGGGGGGGGGGGCUGGCAGCUGGAGGCUCCCCCCCCCCCCCGCCCGCCCCCCACUAGCCGCAACAUUGACUUGAGAAGAGGCACGAGCCACCGGGCCCUUCUCCCGGCCUUGGGUUUGUGGGCCCGCAGCAGGAAGGUGCCCGGCUACCCAGCCUUCGGGGCGGGAGGGGCAGCAGCCCGAGGGCGCUGUGGGACGUCUAAUAAACAGCCUCUAGUUUUGGUA